CACGAACAGCUGAACGACAUGCGGAAAGGCCUGAAUCCACUCCGCUCAAUCAUAGGAGGUACGAAAGUACCUCUGUCCGGGAUUUUUGAAUGGGAAUUCCGGGUCUUAUCCAGUCACUCGGCCCUGGAGAACGAAUCUCCUUAGCCAAGUUGGCUGUCGAUCAUUUGCAGCGGACAUCCCGACCCAUUCGCGUUGCUAUAGAUAUUUCGAUAUGGCUUUUCCAAAUCCAAGCAGGGAAAGGAGGCACCAAUCCGGAGCUUCGAACCCUCUUCUAUCGUCUGGUACGGUUGACGGGAUUACCUGUGCAUCCACUGUUCGUUUACGAUGGCCCGCAAAGGCCCACGUACAAGCGUGGGAAGUUAAUUGGCAGAAACACCGGAGUUGGUGAUCUGGGAAGGGUAAUACGGCGUUCCAAAUAUUUGAUAGACUUAUUCCGCUUUCCGCAUCACACAGCACCGGGAGAAGCUGAGGCUGAAUGCGCGAGGCUGCAGACCUCCGGUGUGGUGGAUGCAGUUAUGAGCAAUGAUGUCGACGCUAUUAUGUUUGGAUCAAAGGUCACGAUCAUGAACUUUUCCAAAGAAAACUCUAGCGGAACAAAUGCGGCCACCCAUGUUACUCUUUAUCGAACCGAGGGGACUGGGGAUGAAGAGAAACCGAAUGUUCCGCUUGAUAGGGGUGGCAUGAUUCUCUUUGCGUUGUUAAGUGGAGGCGACUAUCUACCUGCGGGAGUACCAAAAUGCGGCCCGAAGCUGGCAGGGGAAAUCGUACAGGCAGGCUUUGGUAACGAAUUAUUACAAGCCAUCGAAGGUAGCCCAUCGGAAGUAGCUAUGAAGUUAGGGAAAUGGAGAGAACGGCUGCAAACCGAGCUCCAUGAAAAUGGUGAGGGAUAUUUUAGGUCCAAACACAAAGUUGUCCAAAUUCCAGAUAACUUUCCGGACCUGAAAGUGCUGCGCGACUACACACAUCCAGUUGUUUCUUCGGCAGAGAAGCUAAAUGAGGUACGGCAGUCAUUUAAGUGGGACCAAGCCAUUGAUAUCGAGGGUCUUAGAAACUUCGUUUGGAAGGAUUUCGGCUGGCAGCAUGGCUCUGCAAGAAGAUUGACUAAGAUCCUUGCGGGGCCCUUGGUGUGCAAUAGAUUGAGAUUAUGCCUCCCACUCCUCGCCAACCUUGACUCGUUAGCCCUUUAUGAACCAACAACAGGCGCGCAAUUUUGCGGGCAAAGAUUUCACUACAGCACCGAUGGAUUAUCAGAGCUGAGGCUUGAGUUUAUACCGAGCGAUAUUGUUGGGUUAGACUUAAACAGUGAACCCACCGCCACCGGGGCACAACAAGAGAGUGAGACCGAGGAUAUCGACAAUCUAGAGAUUGAAGACGAUGUAGCCAACCCCAAUCGGGAAACACGACGGCAAACUUCGUACGACCCUACGCAAAAAGAUAGGGUAUGGGUGUUUGAAGCUGUCGCGGAGAUUGGAAUGCCAGAGGCAGUCAACAUGUGGAAUACGCGAAAACAGGAGAAGUUAGCAGCUGCGGAGAAACGAGCUUCCCGCAAGAGAGCCCCGAAGGUGACGAAACCUAAAGUCGUCGAUCCGAAAAUGAAAUUUGGCGAGAUUAUGAAGUAUGGAACUAUUGUUAAAAGCCUAGGUACUGUAGUGACCAAUUCUCGUCCGUUCUCUUCUCAAAAAGCCGCGUGCCGAAACGGUUCUACCAUCACAAAUGAAGACGCGUUCGGAUUAUUCUCGCAGCUUUCAGAAUUGUCAUCCAGUCAAGCAUAUAGCUCGAGUAACGGAGAUCCUUUAGCUUCCCUAAAAUCAUCGAGCGUGGCGACUUCAACUAAUACUAAGGCGGCAUUGAACUUCGAACAUGGUAAUGAAUAAAUGUUAGGCAAAGCCAUGUUUGACAUGCAAAUUUCAUCAGAUGCUCAGCUAUCGUCGCCUAAAAAUCGUGAUCUAAGUCUUGGAGUUAGCCACGAGGCCGUAGGUUCACGAACAAUCACAUCCGUCAAGCCCCAAACACAAAUUCGAAACAAGUCUAAAGGAAUAUCAAACAUUUACCCGCCCAUUCAAAGUUUAGAUAUCGAGGAGGAAAAUCAUGCCACGAAGUUGAACACUUUUACGUCAUCCUUGCGAUCGUCAAUCUCAGAAUUCAACCUUUCCACUGCAGAUGACAUAUUAUCUCAAAUGUCGGCACUGAAGAUUCAAGAGCAUAAAGUGGAUGGAUUCUCUGAACACUCACAUACCACCAUUGAAAAGGGUGGGUCUUCCCAGGAUAAUCCUUUAGCGAGUGCAGUUGCAGACCUUCCCUCGAACGACGACCGCAGAAAAUUACUUUCUAAAACGGAAAAUGGGGUCCGGGCAACAAAUUCUCCAUUUCAGCGAACCGAGCUGUCAGUCAUCGAAACUUACAAAGGAUACUGGACAUACAGGCAGAGCACGAACGAGGACGAAAACAUUUCCCCUGAAGAGCAGAGCAAUUAUUAUACGGGGGCCGCAAGAAAUAGUCGAAGGGAAACUAUCCUUGAUAAGAAACUAGGCAAGAAGAAAUUAAUUGGACGAGUAAGUAUUCUAGAUUUGAGUGAAGAGUAGCCGGUACACGUGUUACCUGAAUCGCCACCGCGGUACACUUUUUUUUGGAAAUCAGGAAUUAGGCUAAACAUACUCUGGAUUCUUUUUUGGCCAUUCCUCAUUCCUGUUUGCUGAGCAUACCCCAUAUUGAAAUGCAAAAUCCUACCAAUAUCCCGCUAGAAUUAAUACAUACAUUGUGGUCCAUAGACCCCCAAUAAACUUCCUCUAAACUAACGAUGCCCAUUCACCAAAUUUUCUUUCACCAACAGCUAACCCCUCUAUGACCUUGUCAACCACGGGAAACCUAUAUCACGGUACAAUAAACGCCAGAGAAUAAAUGAUUUAUAUUUCUUAAGUUAAUGAAUACUAAGCUAUCCAAUAUCGAGCUAUUGUCUUUAUGCUGUCUUUCCUUAGACCUAAACCUAAACGCCGAAGACAGAAAGGGGUUGUACGAUAAAUCCAGAAGUAAUGCCAGUGUCACGAACGCAAAAUGUCGGGUUGAAAAUAGGGAUUCAAUGAUUGAGGGGCUAAUGGAAAAAGGGAACUGAAAACGAGCACCAGCUGAAAUGGCGAUUCGCGAAAACAUACGGGGAGAUGGGCCGGUAAAAAAAGGGAUAAGAUAGAGGACCGUACGUAAACUUCAGAGGUGGAAAUGUAGGGUUCGUGAAAAUGACAUCAUGGAGCACCAUCAGGGAAAAGAAAACAAGGAGCCGAAAGGGAAGGGGGAAAGUAUUAAGAUAGAGUUCGAGAAGAGUGAUGUGAAAAUAAACCAUAUCAUCCGAAAGUUUUCAAAAAGCCCCAAAUCCCAACACUACUAAGGACGGGAAUGGUAAGGUUAUCAUCCCAUCCGAAGAUGUCUAUAAGUUCACUGCCAGCAGCCACAAUUCCCGUCCACAUACUCAUAAUACCCAAAGCCAAAGGCCCAGUAACCACUGCU